CCGUUGCUAGAAAAAUGAGUCACAUUAAAAAAAAAAGCAUCUUACCUAACUUUCUUUAAAUUCAGCAAAUCCAACUGAAUCAUACGGUUGAAAUGAAAUCAUGUUGAGUUUAUCAAAAUUGGUUCUUCAGAAAUUUAUAACAAACCUCACUGACUGACUUAACACAUAGCUAUUGAAUUGUCACUCAUUGUUGAGAAAUUCUCUUGAAGAAGUGUUCAAGGGUUUUAGUGGGUUUUCAGCUUGUAAAUAGAGGCAAAUUAUAAAAGGGUUUGUCUAGUUAAAAGGAAGGAGUAAGUUAAUGUUAAGAUUGAUUCUGGAUUGAUGGCAGAAUUAUCUGGACCUAGGUUGUAUAGUUGUUGUAAUUGCAGAAAUCACGUUGCUUAUCAUGAUGAUGUAAUGUCUAAAGCUUUUCAGGGGAGACAUGGACGAGCAUUUUUAUUCUCUCAUGCGAUGAACAUAGUGGUGGGACCCAAAGAAGAUAGGAAUUUGAUGACUGGGCUUCAUACAGUUGCUGAUGUCUACUGCUGUGAUUGCCGUCAGGUGUUGGGUUGGAAGUAUGAACGAGCUUAUGAAGAAUCACAGAAGUACAAAGAAGGGAAGUUCAUACUGGAAAAGUCAAAAAUCGUAAACGAAAAUUGGUAAAUCCCUUGCACCAUCUCUAGUUUGUGUGCCUCAUUGGUUAUGUAUGAAUUGUAUGUAUAUAUGUAUGUAUGCAUCCCCAUGUUCACGUUUGUACAGAAAAUCGUCAUUAAUUGGAAGACUCUGUGAUUGUGCUUCUUAGUUCAUUCAUGUGUCUGAAAGUUGUGUUUUGUGUUCUUUGUGGAUAAACUUCACCUCUGAUGAUGUCGUAAUUUAAUCUUAAUGCAGUUCAUGUUUAUGCCA